GGUUAGGUAGAGUCAUCCCCAACAGCAACGCAACACAGGAAAGCGCAGGGCUACCACCAACAAUACGCUCGAUCCACUUCACGUCGCGACGUCAACACCAUCAAUUAAAUUUAAAACAUCAUCAUCAUAGUCAUCAGACGCGCGACAUACCGUACAUUUCCGACCAUAUCGCCACGCUUUUCUUUGUUGUUAAUAUAUAACCAAUCAUAUUUGCUACCCAAUCCAACUGCGGAGUCCUAGCCGACUUCGUAAUUCUAAUAUUUCACACUGGACGACGAUAAUAUGGGUGUCAUCCGUAAAAAGACGGCCACCAGAGGCGGAGAAGGUGGCGUCAAAUACGUUUGCGAUGUAUGCUCCGCGGAUAUCACAUCUACCGUACGAAUACGAUGUGCUCACAGUGCAUGCAACGAGUACGACCUUUGCGUCCAAUGCUUCGCCAGCGGUUCCGCCAGUGGCUCCCACCAACCCGCAACUCACCCUUACAAGGUAAUCGAGCAGAACUCGUUUCCUAUAUUUGAUAGGGACUGGGGUGCGGAUGAAGAACUUUUGCUUCUUGAAGGUUGUGAAAUAUAUGGACUUGGAUCAUGGGCCGAUAUAGCAGACCAUAUUGGCGGUUAUCGUCACAAGGACGAAGUACGGGACCAUUAUCUUAAGGUCUAUGUCGAUUCGCCAUGUUUCCCACUCCCGGAACGAUGCAAGCCAUCUGAUAUGGGGCUGGCGCAAGAGAUCUCCCGUGAAGAAUUUCAGGCACGUAAAAAGCGUAGGAUCGAAGAACGCCGGGAAGCCCAGAAGAAUGCACCCCCGAUGCCGCCCAAGACUAAGCCAACAGCUAGUGUACCUUCUUGCCACGAGAUUCAAGGUUAUAUGCCCGGUCGACUAGAAUUCGAAACCGAGUAUGCCAACGAGGCCGAGGAGGCUGUUCAGCUCAUGCAGUUUGAUCCUGGCGAUGGUGUAAACCCCCGCACAGGAGAACUCGAACCGGAGAUGGAGCUCAAGCUUACAGUAAUGGACAUUUAUAAUUGCCGUCUGACUCAGCGUGUGGAACGGAAGAAGGUAAUUUUCGAACAUAACCUACUAGACUACCGAGAAAAUACCAAGCAAGAGAAGAAGAGAACCAAGGAGGAGCGCGAUCUACUAAACAAAGCCAAGCCCUUUGCGCGUAUGAUGAAUCACGAUGAUUUUGAAUCCUUCUGCCAGGGUCUAAUCGACGAGUUGAACCUGCGACAGGCCAUCACGCAGUUACAAGAAUGGAGAAAUAUGAAAAUUGGUGACCUCCGUAGCGGAGAGAAAUAUGAGCAGGAGAAAGCUCAACGUAUUCAAAAGACCAUUCCGAUGGGUUCGAUGGAUCGAGAACGACUAGCCUCGGCGCAGCGAUCCAAGCAGAACGUUCAACCAGAACCUCCUAGUGGUGCCGCGCUACUGGUGGCGCCUGAGCUUCCAUUCCGUCCCGCCGCGAGCCCAACAAUACCUGCAUCACAAGGUACCCCUGACGUUCUGCCCAAUGGCGAAUCUAAGCCACUCACUAACGGGCAUACAAAUGGCGUUGCUAAUGGAGCCAAUGGAGUUGCAACGAAUGGAGCUUCAACCCUGGGGAAACAAAAAUUCGUCUCCCAGCCUAUCUCAGGUGUACAACCUCUCGCGCUCACCCAAGACAAUGCUCCAGAUUUACACCUUCUGACGCCAGAAGAAGUCGAGUUAUGUAAAGUCUGCCGGAUACAACCCAAGCCAUACUUGAUGAUCAAAGAACAGGUGUUCAAGGAGGGUCUGAAAGGCAAUGGGGCGCUUAAGAAGAAGCAGGUGAAGGAGAUUUCUCGACUCGACUCGCAAAAAGGGAGCAGAAUAUUUGAUUUCUUCAUCAAUUCUGGUUGGAUUGCUAAGGCCUAACCAAUUUCGUGGAUAUGAUUUCACCCAUCCUCUCUGCUGCCAUUACUGUUUAUCUACGUUCUGUUGUUUUUCUGCUCUGCUGUUAUGUUAGAGUACGAGUCAACCCUAAGAAAACCAAGACAGCUUAUGAAAUCCAAGGUAUCAUCAGCUAAUCUUAUUUUGAAUUUGAAUUGUAUGAGAUCGCAUAACGACAUUAUUUCCCUGUGUCUCGAGGCAUGAUAGUUCAAUCCAUCGAGUUGAACAGGUUGCUUAAUUGUUGGGGAUUCUACGCGAGUAGUGCAAGUCUCGCCGGUGCAGCGUUUUGAUGUGCUACGUGAUGAUGACAAAAAUUUGAAUUGCAACGGUGUACGUGAUUCUGCCAAUUCCCGUCACAUCGAGAUGAACCGUGCAACCGUAGCAGCAUGAAUUAGAUAUAUCUGCCGUGUCUUGAAAUAGCGUCGUAGUGUAGUUCGAUGCAGUACUUCUUAGGUGAAACGAAUGGC